AUGGAUAAUCUAGAAAAAGGAAAGCGUAUAUUGGAUUCCCCUACCAUUCAUGAAACAGGGUCCACAUCAGGUACAUCUAACCUGCCUCCUCUUUCCUUGAACAUUGUUUUAAUCAAAGUUCAUAGCCGGGCUACAAAGGUGUGUCCGGCCGCUAAAGAGCAACGAAGUGAGUAUGUUGCUCUAAAAAAGGGUUCGCACUCCCAAUACUGUCAUGCAAAGAGGUUCGAAUAUGAACCUCUGGGAUUUUGCUGUAACAAUGGUUCAACAAGGUUGACAUAUCAUAAAAUGCCAACUGAAUUAUCAGAGUUAUACUUUGGAAAUACUGAAGAAUCUGAAAACUUUCGAACUUAUAUUAGAACAUACAAUAACAUGUUUGCAUUUACUUCACUUGGUGUAAAUUAUGAUAAAGAGCUAGCGAGAAGAAAUUGCGAAUUGCCUGAUUCUAAAAAAGAUCGCGAUCUAUAUUCACUUGUUAUUAAACAUAUGAUGCAUGGUCCUUGCGGAAAGUUAAAUCCUACAAAUAUUUGCAUGAAAAAUAAUAACUGCAAAUUCAAGUAUCCAAAAGAUUUUGCUGAACAAACAUCAAAAGGGAAGAAUUCAUAUCCAAGAUACAGAAUGAGAAGAACCGGAGAAGCUGUAGAAAUAAGAGAUUCAAUGUCCGAAGAUUUUAAGAUUCUACCUAACAUGAAUGCUAAAGAUAUUCGUUUUAUGGCUUUAAAUCAUAUCAAUGAUAUUUUACAUUUGAUGGGACGUGAUAUUAAUGAAUAUCAUCUUAUUCCUGAGAAAACUAAACCUUCAUCUGCUAUUAGAGAAACCAAUGAUUGUCAAUUUGAAAGAAAUAUCAUUGUUAGAGAAGAAGAUUUGCUUCUAGAGAGAAAAUUAAAUAUCGAACAACGAAAAGUGUAUGACACGAUUCUUGAUAGGAUAUUUUCUAACAUAUCAGGAGCAUUUUUUGUUGACGGACCUGGAGGAACCGGAAAAACUUUUUUAUACCGUGCUUUAUUAGCUGCUGUACGAUCAAAAGGUUUUGUCGCUUUAGCAACAACAAGUUCAAGUGUUGUGGCUUUGAUCCUCACAGGAGGACGAACUGCUCACUCCCGUUUUAAAUUUACUAUUGAUAUCGAUGAACAAUAUUCUUGCAACAUUAGCAAGCAAAGCGCACUUGUAGCUUUAAUACGUGAUGCAAAAAUGAUUGUCUGGGAUGAAGUAUUUAUGGCAAAAAAGAAAGUGAUAGAAACUUUUGAUAUUCUUUUAAAGGAUAUAAUGGAUACGAAUACUCUAUUUGGAGGAAAAGUGAUCAUUUUCGGUGGUUAUUUUAGACAAACUCUCUGUCACGACCCAAAAUCUAACCCGACGUGA